AUGAAUUCCUUCUUCUAUCUCUACAAAGCACUGCAAUAUCAGACGGACAAGGGACCAGUGGAUGCGGUGACGGGAGAUGCGAGGUACACAAUCAACGAGUCCAGGUUGCUCAGGGAAAGUGUCGAGACGAAGACCUUGGUAGGAAGGAAGUUUGCACCAUUGACAAGAACUUUGAUUCCAGAUGAUUUCCGUGAUUCCUUUCGAGAAGUGCGAGGAUUCGAUUCAACUGGAAGUGCAUGCUUGCGACGCCAUCUGCCAAGUCAAACAGAAAGUCGCUUCAGCCGUUUAUCGGGAGACACCGUACUCACAGAGGCCCAGAAUAACACAGUUCGAUCUGAGUGAGUUCUAUCCAUCGUCAACUCCUUUCCAUGUGUAUUUUUCUUCCAGAAUACAAGUGCCCCGGUCGUGGAGAUGUGAAACUGACGGAUGUCGUCGAAACUGACACACUAUCACAAAAGAAGCUACCCGUGAAACUUUUGACUGUUUCGGAUUACGGAAUUACGGAUGGAGCAGUUUUGGAGAUGUCGCCAGCAGUUUAUACGGCCAGUAGCUAUAGAAGUGAGCAUUUCUUUUCGUGCCCGUCAUGUUUCCCAUCUCGCUCUUUUCAGACUCUCUCGCCGAUUCUGGCCAGUCCUCGUGGUCUUCUCUGGAUCGUUGUUCUCCGAUAUACUCGUCCUCCAAGUAUUACCAUCUGAAAAAUCCCUCUUCUGGCACAAUGACGUUCAAGAAGAAGACGUCAUUUAACGACAACAAUAUUCCCAAGUCUAUUCCAGAAGUCUAUUUGACCCGUUUGCUCACUAGCAAAGGGACGGUCGAGACGUACGUGGAAGAUUUCCUCGAGUCGGUUCUCUACAUGAACGAAUCUUCGUUCCCUCCAAUUCUAAAGUUCUUCUUCGACGUUCUCGAUCGAGAAGCGGCGACGAACGGCGUCUCCGAGAACAUUUGUCAGCAGUGGAAGGCCAACGGAUACGUGCUCAGAGUGUGGGCCAACUUUGUUCGCAAUCCGCAGCUCAUUUUCGACGUUCCGCAUUCAGUGUCGAUGGAUGCCAAUCUGAGUACGGUUGCGCAGACUAUGGUAAGUAACUGGGGAACACGGAUAACCAAUAAAUCCUUCUUUCUUUUCAGAUGGACUGUUUCUCGUUUUCUGAGCCUGUUCUCGGUGCGCAUUCACCCUCCUCCCGUCUUCUUUUCGCCAAAGACGUCGCCAGACUCCGCCCACUUUCGGUCGAUCUCUUCAAAAGAGUCAAAAACAGUCCGCCACUGGGCACCGACGAGUUGAGGACAGAACUGGUGAACAUGGCUAACGUAAGUAUCGCGCUCUCCUCUCUGAUCUUCCAUUGCUCCUUCUUCCAGGACGUGUCUACCUGCAAAGGUUCUUCUUUGGCACUCUCCGAACUGCUUUCUUGGGUGCGAGGAAACGGAAUUCGCAUUUCGCAAUUGCUCUCCUCAAACGAAGAGACAAGUCAACAGAGACUGCCUCAGAAGCUGUCACAAGUACUUCAUGUUUGUCUGGAAACUGACAAUCACAUCUAUUCCACCAUUUCCGACUACGACUGA